UACUGUUUCUUGUGGGGUGACUGAAAACGUCACUGAAUACAUAGGCAACAAAGAGCACUGGGUACGAGAGUUCAGCUGUGAUAGCAGACGUGGUUCGGAAUCAAGCAGACGUGGCGAUAAGAUCAGCCUAAAUUUGAGUUUGUGAGGGCCUCUCCACACCAAAAGGAUAUAAUAUUGAGAACAAGGUAUAACGACCGGCUCAUGGGUGAUUUUGGACUGGACACUAUCUCAAACGUAAGAGCUUUAUCGCCUGUGGAUUUUGACCAGCUUGCAAACAAUCAGUCCUUAUUCGCAUCGGACCCAUUCCCUAGUGUUUGUGGUGGUCAAAUCAUGCAAGAUGACACGCUGCUCGAAAAGCCUGCUUCUAAACAACAAUCACCCAAACAGCUACCCGUGUCCAUUGGCCAAGGAAAUUCAACCUCUGAACAAAAUGGAGAUAUAGUUACAAACACAGUAAAUGGAGGGUUAUCGGAAGAGAAGAAAAAUGACAUGAGUUUGAAUUCAGUAACUCAGCUGUCAAUCGGUCUUUCUGAACCUAGUACCACGGUUGUUACAUCUCUUUCAUCGGCACCUAAUUUUUGGUCAACUGCGUCUGCUGAUGAUACGUUUGUACACGGUUUCCAGUCGUUGAAUGGAACAGUUACAUUUCAACAAUUUCCCCCUGCACCAAAUUCGGUGAUGAAUGCAAGCUUUACUGGACAGCACAUGAGUAUGAAUGUACCCCCUCCUCAGAGACGGGCCAUAACAGCCCAUCAUAAUUUUCCACAACGCCAGAGUCCAAAUGUUAUGUUGAAUAAUGCGAAAAGUUACCCCAACUGGAGUAACGCACCCCAAACAUCUUGGUCUAGUCAACAAAACCCAGCUACGUUGUCACCUUGGGGGAAUGUUCAGCCAAAUCAUCAGCGUAGAUCGGUGCCAAAUAUCAACGCUCUCGCCCCCAUGAAGAGGGCUACAAAUUUUCCACAAAUUCCCCAAUCUUCUUUCAUUGCUCCGUCCAAAUUUCGUCGGAGCACUUCCUUUCCUGGUCAAAUACAACAGGCUGCUCUUGGAAUGAAACCGCAGUUUGAAUACCAAGCAUAUGAUGACCUUCACAGGGACGGAAUGAAUUCUGUUGUGUUUAAUCAGGCAUCACGAUCGGAAUUCAACUUCAGCCGUUCUAGACAUAAAAAAGACCGUCCAACAAGUUUUGACACAAUGAGGUUUCCUGCUUUGGAAAGUCAGCUGCUUGAUAUCAUGAAGACAGGAGGACCUGAACACUUCGCUGAACAUAUGAAGGGGAAGUCUCCGUUUGACUUGGAAGAGAACCAGUUAAAUUCUGGCAACUUAGAUCAGACAGUUCCCAACAUAGGCACUCCGCCCCGUGUUUCACCCAGCUCACAGUCUGGUGUUGGAGAUAGAGUCGAGAGAUUCUCCAGGAAGGUCUUUGUCGGGGGUCUCCCUCCAGACAUUGAUGAAGAGGAGAUAACUGCAGCUUUCCGAAGGUUUGGCCCUCUUGUUGUUGACUGGCCACACAAAGCAGAGUCCAAGUCAUACUUCCCUCCAAAAGGCUACUGUUUCCUGAUUUUCCAAGAUGAGAUGUCGGUCCAAGCACUUAUAGAGUCAUGUUUGGUGGAUGAUGACAAGCUCUAUUGGUGUGUGUCAAGCCCAACCAUGAAGGAUAAACCUGUUCAGAUCAGACCAUGGAACUUAAGUGACUCUGACUUUGUCAUGGAUGGUUCUCAGCCUUUGGAUCCAAGGAAGACCAUAUUUGUGGGUGGUGUUCCCAGACCAUUGAGAGCAGUUGAACUAGCAAUGAUAAUGGACCGCCUGUACGGAGGAGUAUGCUAUGCAGGAAUCGACACAGACCCAGAGCUGAAGUACCCAAAGGGAGCUGGGAGGGUUGCAUUUUCAAAUCAACAAAGCUACAUAGCUGCUAUCAGUGCCCGAUUCGUCCAGUUACAACAUGGUGAUAUUGAUAAGAGAGUUGAGGUGAAGCCAUACGUAUUGGAUGACCAGAUGUGUGAUGAGUGCCAGGGAGCAAGAUGUGGAGGCAAGUUUGCCCCGUUCUUCUGUGCAAAUGUGACGUGCCUGCAGUAUUACUGUGAAUACUGCUGGGCACAGAUCCACUCCCGACCCGGCCGAGAGUUCCACAAGCCACUAGUCAAGGAGGGAGCAGAUCGACCACGUGCUGUGCCAUUUCGUUGGUGCUAACCAGCAAUGGAAGCAAGGCAGGAUGAACAUGUUGACCCUUUGACUAUCAACUCUUACAUAGGGCUUAUGCUUUUUUAUUGUUCAUCCACUUUUUCUAUAGUUGAAAAUUUUCUUCAGGGUUGCCUCAAUUAUUGUGAUAUUGUCCUUGAAGUAAACGUCAACCUUUGAAUUGACACUGCGAUAAUUGUGAAUCAUCUUACUAUUUGAUGACACUCAUUUCAUGGAAGUGGACGACGAGCUGGUGGCUGUUUACGAAACAACACAAAGUGUACUUGCCAAGGUUACAGCGAUACCGAGAAUGAGGUCAGAUAAAGGUAAUCAUUUGGUACAACUGAAACUGUUCGUGCAGAUUCAAAUGAAAGAUGAGUCGAUCUCACGAUACCAAAGAUGUGUAUGUGCAUAUUCAAAGUAGAUGGUUGGCAACAGUGGUACGUAAAUCUUUUCACCUUUUCUAGUCUUCAGUGUCUGUGGUAUUUUAUAUGGAUUAUAUACAGGAGGAAGAACAAUUUGAAAAAAAAAGUUUAUUUUGGCAUAUAAGGUAGGAAUACUUCCUAUAUUAUUAUGACAAAAUAAAUGAUGGUGUAUGUUUCAUGUAUCUCUAGACAUUUUGAGGUGAUAUCCAUUUCUAUUGUGAGCUGUAUCUAGUCACCAAGGCAGAGUUUCCAUGAUGCACCUUAGCUAGUGCACAUUGGAAAGGGUUAUGCAUAUGUGUAAAUCUGCAGGGAAUAUAUAUUUUGUAGAGAGAUAUGUAUGGUAAUUGUAACAUGUUCAUUUGAAAUUCAGCAUUUAUCACUUUGUAAGAUUACUAUUUAUAUAGUCAAUUUUAUACAUUGCGCAGAAUUGAAAUCUUUUAUUGCAUGCAAAAGACUAUUUUUGUUACCAAUUGCCAUUUCUUUUUUAUGAACGUUACUGUGAUUCACUGAACACAUUCACUGGGUAUUUUUGGCAAUUAUUAUGAUCAUAGAUUGGCCUCCUCACUACACCAAAAGCAAAUCUGUAGUUGGCAAGGAGAAUGUGCGCAGUGUGCCAUGACGUUUCACAUGCAUUCCCCGUCAUUUAGUGCCAUAGUGGCUUCCAGACCUGUACCCUUCUCCUAAUGUGCAGGAAAGGAAGAAACUUAUGUUUCUUUGGGUAUGUGUCAAAUGUUCUCAAACUAAUCAAGUCAGUUGCCAAUUCCUGCAGUCAUUAUCUCUGGUGAUAGUUUUUUGAGAUAGUCAGAUCAUGACUGCUUCAGUCAAACUCACUAACUUGUACAUCAUGUAUCUAGUCUUGCACUGUGAAAGGUUGAAAUUAUAAUGAAAUGGCUAUUUUUCACCUCUCUGCAAGAAUGUUUGACACAUUUCCCUGUGAUAAAUCUCUGAUUCCUGUCAGUCGCACAUAGAUUUUCUCUGGUGCAAUCGUGCAAUUUGUUUAAGGUUGUGUCACUAUAUAUAUUUUGUUUCAGUCAUAUAUUGCUCAAUGAAGAUGAACUUAUAUUUUGUUGUUGAACCUUAGAGAUUUAGUUUCAUCUUUGUUAAUGUUUUCAAAGACACCUUAUUUUUGUAUAAUCACACUCUUUGUCCAAGCAUGGGGCACAGACUAUGAGAUUGAUUUUAAACCUUUGAUUCUUUUCCACAGUUACCUGUUGGAUCUGUUUUACAUGCAUUUAAGAAUUUAAAAUUUCACAAAGUUAUUCCCUUUUAUUGGCACAAAUUGACUUUAAAUGUAUCCUUUUUAUAAUUCAUGGCACAUUGGAAUAUGCACAAUUCUAUCCUUCCUAUUUAGCUUCCAUAUGAAGCUUUUCUAUGGAACUGAUUCUAUAUUUAUCAGUUCUCUUUAUCAAAUUAGUAGGAGGGCUAUCUGUGUUUAUGACCGAUUUUCAAGUUAAUUGAUAAUUGCCAAGUAUUGCAUUAAUCCUUACUCGACAUUUUGCAAUUUGCAGAAUUUGUUACAUUGUUCUGACAUUUGGACUUUUUCAACUUUGCAUGAUGUUUGUAAUAAGAUAAUUCACAUUAUUUUUUAUCUACUACAGUUUUUUAAUAGAUGUUGGGUAUUUUGUAUUUUUGUCUGUUUUUUAUAAUGUUAGCUACCUAAACAGUGAGAGAGAAAAGACAUAUGCUUCCAAUUUUUUUUACAUUAGGAAGAGUAUUGUUGCACUUGCUACUGAGAGGGGUGCACCCUCACAACUUGUUUUUAUUUAUUAUCCUAAGUUGUACUUUCUCCAUGCUUGUGUUGUUGAAUUAGUUAACUGUAUUUAACAUUGCCUUUUCUCAGAUCUGUGAUCAGUUAUUGAUGAAAUGUGCUAGCUCAUUCACAGUAAAGAAGAAUUUGUACUUUAUUAUAUUUUUCCACAUUGAAAAAUGUUGCGGGUCAUUUGUAGUGGUAUACCUGUGAUCAUAACUAAAUGCAGUAUAUGCCAACACGCCUGAAACUUACAAUAAAAGGCACACUGCAUAGUAAACACUUUUUGAUACAGAUAAUUGGAAAGGAGUCAGUUUUUGCUUGCAUUUUGAUAUCAUCAAAUGAAUCAAUUCCAGAGAAUGCAAUUAUAAGUGAUUUUGUCACACUAAUCAGCCGCCCCAUUCUUUAUGCCAAAGUUUUUUUACAGCGAAACUAGUGUGAAAGUGUGAAAUAUCACUUCCUGUAACUUCUUCCUAUUCACAUAUUGCCUCAAUUUCAAGCGAAAACAGACUCCUCCUGAAAAUAGGUCCACCUUUUGUACAUUUAAUACUCAGUUUUGAUAUGUUUAUGUUACAUAUUUUGAUACAGUGAAAAAAUGUAGAGUUUUGGUAUUUUAGUAUGUAAUUGUCUCUUACUUAAGACUGUCUGACAUCAUUUCCAAUGAAAUGCAAAGCAUUUGUAUUGUUUGAAAUUUUUAUCUAAAAUGACAGAUGAAAAUCAAAGUGUAAACAUAAACAAAUUAUUUAUCCCAUUUUCAUCUGUAGAUAUAUAUGUGUAUUUAUUCUGUUUAUUUUUUAUGGCCAGUUGUAUUAUGAUUAUGAAUAUUAUUUUCUGUAUGUGGACUGUUGCAUAUAAGGAAAAUCCCUACAGAACUUUGGAGUGCAAAUGCAUACAUAAUGCUAGUCAAAGAAAUAACUUCAAACAUACUGUUGUGUAUGUGAAGCCAGAGAUACUCUGGAAAAUAAUCAUUUAUGGAGUUAAAGUUUGUCUGAAUGGUUCAGACAAGUUUUAAAGCCAUUGUUAAAGUUGCAAGUAUUUUAAAUUAACUUAUUUAUUUAUAUUGUAGAGAACUACAACCCCAGUGCUUGCCAGCAUGGCCCUAUACUGUCUCAGCCCCAAAGGGAGAGAUGUGUGGGGGAACAGAGGAGAGGAGCACUUUCUCCCCCUCCCCCUCCUCCCCCACGACUCCUUCCAUUCUGUUUCAGAGAUGGACAUUACAAAUGUAUACAAUAUUAGAUAAAGGCAGGGGUCAUAGAUUCCACUUCUGUUGGUGUUGGGAUAAGCAGAAUCUUUCUACAAGUGCAAUAUUUCAGGAGACUUUCUAUUUUGGUUAUUAUGUGUAUGUAUUUAUUCAAAUGCUUAUUUUUAUAGCACAUUAACUGUUGCCGAGGAUUACAGUGACUGUAUCCAAGUGAUUUUAACCCAGAUGUACACAUAGUUCAUCUAAAGUUUAUAUUAUUCCAUGUUCAAAUAACAGUUGCUGUUAUUUUAGUAUUCUAAAUUUAAUAUAUAGUAUAAUUUUCUAUCUCCCACUUUGAUGAUCACUGGCAUGUCUCAAGAUAUUGUUCCUGUUCACCUUUUCCAGCCAGACGUGUGUGUGACAUGAUCAGUUUGAUCUGUUGUCGGUGUCAUCUGUGAUGUGUGCUAUCAUUUCAUUCAGUAACACAGUAUUAGUCUUGAUGUUUCAUCUGUUGCUGCCGGAGUAUGUGAUUAAGUUAUUAUUAUUAUUUAAUGUUAUAAGAUAUUCAAAUUAUUUUGUGUCUUAAUUAUUUUUGGAGCUAUGGAUUUUUAAUAUAUAAACACUACCUAUGAGAAUAAUCCUGUAGUAUGUAGGUUGGCAUUUAUCUGGACUUCGAUAAAUUAAGCAGUUUGUAUUCUUAGCUGUGUGUGGAAUGCUGGGUAGCUGCAUGAGGAAUAUUUCAAUUUCUUGACCAAUUUUCAUACCAGUUGUGUUUUGUAUAUGGGGAGUUUUUCUUAGCUAUUUUGUUGGAUGCAGAGUUAUGAAUUAUCAUAAAGUUUCUAUGUUUUAAUAAAA